AUGUCUCAUAUACUUCGCACACCAGCAACACGCAAACUUCUACCUCGCCUCUCAACCCGCACAUACUACAGCUACGAAACACCACUCCCACCACCCUACCCACCCACCGAAACCGCAAUCCUCUCUGCUGCUCUGCCACACGUACCUACUCUAGGCUGGACAAAAUUAUCACUACGUCAAGGCGCCCGCGAUGCAGGAUACCUAGACGUAUCCACGAAUCUGUUUCCCAAGGCCGAGUUUGAAUUGGUGUUGUACCAUUUACGGACGCAGAGAUUGGGAUUGAAGGAUAGAGUGCAGUUUCCUGAAGAGGCGGCUUUGGGGGUGACGAGCAAGGUUAGGAGUUUGAUUAUGGAGAGGUUGAGGGGGAACGUGGAGGUGGGUGUGCAGGGAAGGUGGCAGGAGAGCACGGACUUCAAAGAUACAGAAGAGUUCUUGAACAGGAGGUUAGAAGAGGCAAGGAUGGUGGGUGGUGCGUGGAGGAACGUCAGGGAGUGGAUGGGUUUCCAGGGCAUUGCCACUGUUAAUAUGGCGAGAAACUUUGGU